AUGGCUACUAACAAAAAGAUUCCGCUGCAAACCCUUCGGGCACUCUCUGACAAGCCCUUGUGGUACCUGGCCUACGGGUCGAACAUGAAAUCGAGCUCAAUGCAGGGAAGGAAAAUCACGCCACUAAGCACUAAGAUCGUCAGCGUACCGACGCAAUACUUCACCUUCGACGUAUUCGGAAUUCCUUACUCAGAACCCUGCUAUGCUAGCAUUGAGGAGUUUCCUGAUGGAGGGAGCGGGAAUCUUCAGCUGCGGCACAAUGGAGAGUGCUUUGACGUGCCAGCACUAUGUGGCGUUGCACAUCUCUUAACCCCUGCAGACUUCCACCGUCUUUUAAUCACCGAGGGAAGUGGCGUUGUGUACGACCUUAUCCAAUUGGAAGCUCACGAACUGAGUGAGAAGCGGGGAGUCACUGGCGUGAAACUGACGGUCUAUACACUGAAGGCGAAGUGGCCGCAAAGGCCGAAUGGCACUCCCAGUGCUCGGUAUCUGAACCUCUUCCUCGAAGGCGCAAAGGAGAAUGACCUACCUCCUCAGUACAUUCACUACCUGGAGUCCUUUCCUAGGUACCAGAAGAUUGAAGGACGGAAGAGAACAUAUGGGCAGCUCGUGUUCGAUGCAGGCUGGAGGCCAUUUUUGAAAAGGCUGGUGCGACUUACAACAUGGCGUGUUGAUGAAGAUGGAAACUGUCCGGUUUUCAUCGCGGUACUGAUCGUCUGGUUAUACCAACUAAUGUGGAGUUACCACGACCACGUGCAUAGUCCGGUUUUCGGGAGAGGCGACGGCGGAAAGUUGAUUUGGACGAGGGCGCAAUAG